GUCAGUUGUCAUUUACAGAAAUGUCAAACGAUUUCGUUUGGAUUGUGCGAAAUUUAAUUUAACACGAAAAUGGAAUAAAUAUUUAUUUAACAAUGUUUAUAUCAACUAAAAAUACUCUUCUAUUUAAAACGUUUCCACGAAAUCGCUCCCAUUAGUGCCGACUGAUAAUUUCGAGCGGUUAAUUUUACUUAUAACGUCCAAUGUAUCGAUUCCAAGGAAACAGCUAAGCUCCAUUGUCGAAAGAAAUGUGUUAUAACAACAACAAUGGUCCUCAGUACAGAGUGGUCUCAAGUGGAGGUGAUCGAUCUCGUUAAUGAUGGCUCAGGUCUCGGGUUCGGCAUAGUCGGAGGCCGGAGCACUGGUGUAGUCAUCAAAUCCAUUCUACCCGGUGGUAUAGCCGAUAAAGACAGUCGCUUGCAAAGCGGGGACCACAUCCUCCAAAUAGGAGACGUAAAUUUAAGGGGGCUCACAGCAGAUCAAGUCGCGACUGUGUUGAGACAGGCAGGACAGCAGGUAAGAAUGGUAGUAGCCCGUUCUGUUGAACCCACUUCGCAGGAUUUUCUACUAUACAGUUGUUCAGCGCCCGUUGUUCCGACGAAAAUCCUAACUGACCCCGAGGAAUUGGACAGGCAACUUUUACAAAAUGGUUACACUUCUUCGUUUUACCAGUACGCUGAAGCACUACAGGUUGUGAAAACCGAAACUAGCCAACAGAGUCAAGUAGAAAAUUUAAAUAGCAUAAAUUUGAGUACCUUAAACGGUAAGAGUCCAGCGACGAGCGGUAAAGUCACACCGAACGGCAUAUCCCCAGUGGAACCGCAGCCAACUAAACAACUCAUCGUUGAUAUAGAGUGCAUAGACAACGAACCCGAAACGGAAAAGUAUAAAGUAAAAUUAAUCAAGGACGAGAAUGGAUUAGGUAUCACGAUAGCGGGUUAUGUUUGCGAAAAGGAAUCUCUGUGCGGGAUAUUCGUUAAAAGUUUAAACGAACAAUCGUACGCUUAUAAAUGCGGUAAAAUCCAGAUCAACGACAGGAUUAUCGAAGUCGACGGUGUCAGUUUAGAAAAUUGUACCAAUUAUGAAGCAGUUAAGAGGCUCAAAGAAACCAACCGCGAAGUAGAUAUCACGUUCGAGCGGUAUUUAAGCGGUCCCAAAUAUGAGCAACUGCAAGAAGCGAUCGCAGACAGGGAGAAAAAUAACGAAAUCAGCCCAGCCAGUCCCAGCGUUACCACUUUAAGUUGGAUUCCUAUAGACAAUACAGACGAGCAAGACAACGCCGAGAACACGUCAUUGAACAGCAACAGCAUACUCUUCGAUCAAAAUACGGAUUCCAAGGAGAUUUUCAUCGACGAAAAUUUCGAAGUCAAUCUAGCCGACGACUUGGAAACCGCCACUAAGGAAAAGUGGCAAGGAAUCAUCGGAGAUUGCGCCAACAUUGUCGUUGCCAACCUCGUAAAACUAAAAGGUAUCCAAAGAUUAGGUAUAAGCUUAGAAGGAACAGUCGACGUGGAAGGUGGAAUCGAACUGAGACCUCACCAUUACAUUCGAUCGAUUCUACCGGAAGGCCCCGUCGGUCAGAACGGGAAAUUGAACCCAGGCGACGAACUUUUAGAGGUGAACGGCCAGAAACUGCUGGGCAUUCGCCACGUGGAAGUAGUGAAAAUACUCAAAGAGCUUCCCAACGCCGUUCGCAUAGUUUGCGCGAGAGAGAACAAAACGAACCGCGUGAUAAACACCUCGCAGGACCGGGAGGCGUUCGAGGCUCGAAACAUCCUCGGCGGCAGCUUGAAGAACCUCCUGCCGCAGCCGGAGCAGAAGCUCAUCAAGGCCCUCAGCGAUACCAGUCUGAACACGUCGAGUACCAUUACCGACGAAUCUAAUCUGCAAAAAGCGAAAUCCCGCUCGUUAGAAGUCACCAACGUCGCGAUGUGGUCCGACGAAGUCGAAUACGUCGAACUGAUGAAGGGCGAUCGUGGAUUGGGUUUCUCCAUUUUGGAUUAUCAGGAUCCGAUCGAUCUCAAAUCCAGCGUGAUUGUGGUGAGAAGUCUGGUGCCGAACGGUCCGGCGGAGCAAAACGGGAAAAUCACGCCGGGCGAUCGUCUGAUCAGCGUGAACGGUAAAAUCAUAAGGAACGCGACGUUGGAUCAGGCGGUGCAAGCCCUGAAGGGCACGCCGCAGGGCGUUGUGAAAUUGGGAAUAGCCAAGCCUUUGUCGAGUACGAGGACCAGCGAAACGAUGAGUAAUCAAACGGAUCGCUCCUAAAAGGCGAUAUAAAUCAAAUUUAUUAACGUUUAUCAAGGGAACUAGACAAAUCAAACUUUUUGUUUUUUCUGAAUAUCGAAUUUAAGCGGCGUUCUGACGAACUCGUAGCUUUUUCAUGUAAACUUUUAUAGCGUUCGGUCGGCGUUUUAAUAUUUAACGGUCGUAUGUUAGUUUCUGAAGCAUCAAAUUCUCACGACAGAUAAACGUUUUUUUUAUGGAAUCGAUGUGACACGCAAUUCACAGCACAAUUCGGUAUCGAAG